GGAUGUUGGCUACCGAUUUCGUGGACAUCACGAUACAAACGUAUUAUAUAUCAUGUAUACACGAUCUCCAUAAUUUUUUUAACAAAUACAUUUAUGUUGUCGCAACUGAUGGAUAUAGUUUUCACUGUGAAUAAUACUGAUGAUUUCACCGAUAAUUUCUACGUGAUGCUUGCCAUGUUUGUGUCCUGCUGUAAGAUGUUUAGUUUAUUAAAAAAUCGAAACAACAUCGCGAUGCUGAUCAAUAUUUUGAUGGAAAAGCCGUGUAAGCCCAUUGAACAUGACGAAAUCGAGAUUCGGCAGAAAUUCGAUAAAUUCGUACAGACAAACACGCUUUAUUAUGCGAUUCUGGUAGAAUUAACGUGCGCAUUUGCAUUGACGACAUCAUAUUUCAGAGACUACAGAAAACAGAGAUUAGCUUUUAGAGCAUGGUUACCGUUUAACUAUUCGUCACCGAUGCUAUUUCAAAUUGCAUUCCUGCAUCAAUUCACAAGUUUGAUAAUUGGAUCGAUUCUUCACAUAGCUUGUGAUAGUCUGAUUUGCGGAUUAUUGGUGCACAUAUGCUCUCAGAUAGAAAUAUUGGAGUGUCAUCUGAGAAAAGUCGUAAAUAAGCCACAUUUUCUUCGCGAAUGCGUAACACAGCACAUAUAUAUCUCCAAAUUCGCAUUUAUGGUGAAUCAAAAGUUUAAAUUAACUAUCACCAUUCAAUUCAUAGUGAGUACGUUGGUAGUGUGCUUCAAUCUGUAUCAGAUGACACAGACGAGUAUGUUGAGUGCAAAGUAUAUUCAAAUAGUAUUAUAUAUGUUGUGCAUGCUAAUACAAAUCUCUUUUUAUUGUUGGUAUGGAAAUGAAGUCAAGUUAAAGAGUCAACAACUGAUCAGUAACGCGUUUGAAAUAGAAUGGUUUACCUUGGAUCAUAAUAUGCAGAAGAAUUUAUUGAUGAUUAUGACACGCAGCACAAUACCUAUUCAGCUCAGUAGUGCUUUGGUUAUCCCUAUGAAUCUUGAAUCAUUCGUCGGUUUGCUCAAGACAUCGUAUUCUGCUUACAAUAUACUUCAUACAUUUACACUGUCGCAAUUUCUGGACCUAAUUCUAGUCGUGGACAAUACAGAUGACUUCAACGAUAAUUUUUACAUGUUACUCGCCAUGAUUGUUUCUUGUUUCAAAAUGCUUAGUUUAUUGGCAAAUCACAGCAACAUCGCGUUGCUAACAGAUAUUCUCACGAAGAAACCGUGUACACCGCUCGAACCAGACGAACUGGAAAUUCGACAGAAAUUUGAUAAACUCAUUGAGAUGAACACGCUUCAUUAUGCGAUUUUGGUUGAAUUCUCAAGCUCAUACACGGUGAUACAAUCAUUAUUCACUGCUUAUUGGAAAGAAAAGUUGACGUUCAGAGCGUGGUUACCAUUCGACUAUUCUUCGACAAUGCUUUUUAAUUUUACGUAUUUUCAUCAAUUGAUAAGUUUGCUUGUUGGGGCUAUUCUACAUGUUGCUUGCGAUAGUCUGAUAUGUGGAUUACUCUUACAUAUAUGCUGUCAAAUAGAAAUAUUAAAUUCUCGUUUCAGAAAGGUCAUGUACAAUCCAGAAAUUCUUCGUGACUGCGUCAUUCAACACAACCUUAUAAUGAAGUUUGCUUUUAUGGUGAAUAAAAAAUUUAGAUUAACUAUUGCCUUUCAAUUCAUAGUAAGUACGUUGGUAGUGUGUGUAACCUUGUAUCAACUGACCAACACAAACGCAAGAGUUAUCGAAUUAGGAUUAUACAUGUCGUGCAUGCUGACGCAAAUUUUUUUGUACUGUUGGUAUGGAAACGAAGUUAAAUUAAAGAGUUUGCAACUUAUCGAUGACCUAUUCGAAAUAGAAUGGAUCGCGCUGGAACAAGAUGCAAAGAAAAAUUUAUUAACAAUCACAAGAUGUGGUGUCGUACCGAUCGAACUUACGAGCGCCUAUAUUAUUCCUAUGAAUCUCGAUUCUUUCGUGUCGCUGCUCAAAACAUCAUAUUCGACUUAUAACAUACUUCAGCAAAUGCGAGAUGCAAGUAUUGAAAUCGAAUAA